AUGGUCGACACAGGAAGUUGCAGCGAUUUGCCCACCUCGCGCCCCCCACCCGUCGCCCUCGCUCUUCCCGCCCUGCGCCCUCGCCCCGCCCGUCGCCUCGUCUCCUCCCCGCCCGUCUCCCUCGCUUCUCCCGGUCGUCGCCCUCGCUUCCCCCUCCCGUCAACCUCGCUUUCCCCCUCCCAUCGACCUCGCUUUCCCCCUCCCGUCGACCUCGCUUUCCCCCUCCCAUCGACCUCGCUUUCCCCCUCCCGUCGUCCCCGCUUCCCCUUCCCGUCGUCCCCACUUCCCGUUCCCGUCGUCCCUGCUUCUCCUUCCCGUCGUCCCCGCUCCCCGUUCCCGUCGUCCCUGCUUCUCCUUCCCGUCGUCCCCGCUUCUCCUUCCCGUCGUCCCCGCUUCUCCUUCCCGUCGUCCCCGCUUCCCCUUCCCGUCGUCCCCGCUUCCCCUUCCCGUCGUCCCCACUUUCCCUUCAUGUCGCCCUCAAUGUCCAUCCCCGUCGCCCCUCCCCGUCGCCCUCACAAUUCCUCCUCGUCGCCCUCACAUCCCUCCCCGUCGCCCUCACAUCCCUCCCCGCCGCCCUCACAAUCCCCCCCGUCACCCUCACAUCCCUCCCGUCAUGGGCCAAGGCCUUCCUAUACCACUUCAGCAAGCCUCUCCUCUCCUCUCCUCUCCUCUCCUCUCCUCUCCUCUCCUCUCACCACUCCUCGCCUCUCUCACACUCCCCACUCCCCGCCCUCUUUACCCCCCACCGGGCAAGCGAAGAUGGUGGACGUGGCGUGUGAGCGCAUGGAGAAGGUCAUUCUCGACGGUCCAUCAAGCGGAGACAUGGCGGAGGUCUUGGAAAGAGGAGGAAGGGUGAAGUCAAUGGGUUCAGAAGGAGAGGGUAAGACCUUGAGCAGUGAGAAAAGUGAAGGAUUGGAAGGAGCUGAAGGGGAUGGUGGUGAGGAACUAGAGGUGCAAGGGGGAGGACGAGCUGAAGAAGGAGAGGAGAGGGAUGGAAGGCGGAAGUCUUGCGGCGUCGAGGGCAGAGGAAGGUUUGAAAACAAAGGAGGAGGAGAAGAGGUUGCUGGUGCUGGCAGAUUUGGAGAUGGUGGGAGGAGGGUGGUGGAAGAGGUCAUGGGAGGUGAACGAGAGGGAGGGGAGGUUGGGUCUGAGAGGGAAGGGGGUGGAGGAGGAGGCGGAGAGGAUGAUAUGGGUGGUGGAGAUGACGAUGGAGGUUCUCGAGGGUCAUCGGAAGGUGGCGAAGAGGGCUCCAUGAAGAUGACAUCACGAGAAAGUGUGACACGGUGCUGA